GGUCCUGUAGGAAACUCGUCUGCCAAAAGACCAGACCUUGAUGUUGAAAAGGAAGACUUUCAUCCUGAAGAUUUAUCCAAGUUUUCUGCCAAGGAAAUUCUUUAUGCAAUUCAACAGCGGAAUAAGGACCCAAUUAUCGAUCAAAUGCUCGAGGCAUUGGUAACAAAACUCCCGCAAGAGAUUUCAGAGGGAAUUGACGCUGAGAAGCGUGCCCGUAGCCUUGUAAUUUCUGGACUUCCUGAAGCACCGGUUGAUAUGCGUCCAUCUGCUAGGCAAGAUGACCUUGACUCUAAAGUGUGCAAGCUACUCGACAUUCUAAGAGUAGAAUGCAGGCCUUUAGAAAUCUAUCGUUUAGGCAAAUUAGCUGAUUCUCUUCCGCGUCUAGUAAAGUUGGUUUUGCCAUCUAGAUCUCACUGGGCCACCGCGCUUUCAAACUCCCGAUUACUGCGCGAUUCGGAGUUCGCAAAUGUCUACAUACGUAAGAGCAUGACACCCGCUGAACGGAAACGUGAUUACGAGCUCAGAACGGAAUGCAAAGAACGUAACAAGCGUGCUAAUGCUCGCGUCUGGGUAGUAUAUAGGACGAAAUUUGAAACAAUAUUCAGGAUAUACCUAGGUCUCGAACAGUGGGAAACUUCUAAGCAGACCCUGAUAGACUGGUCUACUAAUACUGCUAAGUGUUCGGGGUCUUCCACAUUUCUCGAGCUUUCCAAGCUGGUGGGUUUCACCCAAAACGUUAUGGGACCUACUCGUGGUGAGUCAAUUCUCGAUAUUAUUCUAACCUCUACUCCUCUACACGGUCUUGUUCGGGGUCUUCCACAUUUCUCGAGCUUUUCAAAGCUGGUGGGUUCACCCAAAACGUUAUGGGACCUACUCGUGCGUGAGUCAAUUCUCGAUAUUUAUUCUAACCUCUACUCCUCUACUACGUCUGUUUCAAUCAAGCCCCCUCUCGCUUCAUCAGACCAUAGUACUGUUGCCUUUCAAUUUCAAAUUCAGUUACCGCUCCAAGAACAACUUACCUUUCCAAAUUUCAAUAAGGCUGACUACGGCGCACUAUCUUCCUACCUUAUCUCAGUCAACAGGUUCUGUGGAGUUGUUCAUUCGGUGUGUCAAGAUUGUUCCUUUACACUCCCCACAGAUGCACAAGCAUCGUUACCCAAGCAUCUGUUGAACCUUUUGUCUCAGAAAACUCGGUUGUUCCACACGCUACCAAAUGCCUUAAUUGACCCUGUCUACAAAAAGUUUGCACAGAAUUGGAUCGCCAUCUGA